UCCGCGGCGGGCCCGCCCCCUCCCCGGCCCCGCCCUCCCGCCGCCGCCCCGCCCUCCGCCCGGCGCUCGCCGCUCGCUCACUCUCUCGCGGGCUGCGGGGCGGCCGGCAGCUGGCGCGGGCAGAGGCGGCGGCGGCGGCGGCGGCGGCGGCGCCACGGCGAUGGGACGGGCGCUGGGGCGCAGGAGCCGCGGCGGCGGCGGCGGCGGCGGCGGCGGCGGCGGGGCCCGCGCAACUCGGGCCAAGUGCGGGGCCGCCGGCGCGGGCGCGGGGCGCUGAGCCCCCGCGGCCCCCAGCUCCCGGGCCGCGCACUGCCGAGCCCCGGAGAGCGCGCAGGGGCGAGCGGAGGAAGCGCCGCCAGCGCCGGCCGCCUGCGUCUGGGGAAGAGCGGCGCCCCGGGGGCGAGCCAUGCCCGGCGCCCGAGCGUAGCCGCCGGGGGCUGCCCCCCACCCCCGCCCCCGGGAGCCGCGGGCCGGGCCGGGCGCGCGACAGGAGCAGCCCCGCGCCGCGCCCACCGCGCGCCGAGGACCAUGCCGCCCCCGGGCCGGGCGCCGCCGCUCGGGCUCCUGCUGGCGCUGACUGCGCUCCGGUGCCCAGAGACCGAGAGUCGAGGGAUCGUGGACAGCCUGCAGAGGUUCUCCUCGCUCCCUGCCUACCUGCCCACGAGCCUGCGCAUCGCUGACGCGGAGGAGGCCUUCUUCCUUAAAGAGGCCAACCAGGACGUCACGAGGAACUCCAGUCUGCAGGCCCGGGUGGAGUCACUGUUCGUCUACCGGGCCCGGAGCCCCCCGACCGUCAACGCCAGCUAUGGCCCGUUUUCAGCGGAGAAGCCCAUCCCCCAGGACCUCUUGUUGACCUCCACGUCCUUCGGAAACACGGAGAAGUUUCCCUUCAACUGGAAGCUGAAAUCUCACAUCCUCGACAGCUCCGUCUACUCCAACAGGCCCAAGGUGCAGACGCUGUUCUACGUGACUGGGACGCACUGGGACGACAGCGACCCCGAGGAAGACCUCCCGUGCGUCAAGAUGUUCGCCUUCCCCGAGGCCAGAGAGGUGGCGGCCAGCUGCCGGCUGCGAGGGGACCCGGGGCUGUGUGUGGCCGAGCUGGAGCUGCUCCCCGAGUGGUUCAGCUCCGGGCUGGACCUGGAGCCCGAGGAGGAGAUCCCUGCCCUGCUGGGCGGCACCGCCAUGGAACUCUUCUUCUCGCUCUACCCGGCCGACCAGGCCGGCCAGUGCCUGCUGGAGGAGGACAGCAAGUGGGAGAACAACAUCCACUCCGGCCAGGACGGCCCCCAGCAGGCGUCUCCGGCCCGGGAGAGGAUCGGGAGUGUGGUGGUCUACCCGACUCAGGACGACCUCAAGUGGUCCCUGGUGAGCCUGGACGAGAACGUCGUCGUCUCGGUGCCCCUGAACCUCGUCCGGGAAGGGGACACGGCCACCUUUUUGGUCUCCCUGACCAGUGGCUCUGUGGCAGACCACUUCACUCUCAGAAUUAAGGCAGCAGCAGGGGUGAGGAUAACGGCCGUUCGAGUCACCAGCGAGCAGCAGUGGGCAGUCCAGGAGGAAAUAGACAGCAGUGGCUCUCAGACCACGGCCACGCUCACCUGCGUGGGCCACCACCCAGACCCGCAGAGCAGGACAAAUGGCUCCUUCUACGAGAUCUUGCAAGUGGACUUUGGGGUCGACAACAGCAGCGGCCUGGCCGGGGCCCAGCCCAUCACCUGGCAGGUGGAAUACCCAGUGGAGGACUCCAUGAGCGAGCUGGCCGUCUCCGAGAUCUUUGUCAGCCAGACAUCCUUCGUGGGCAUUGUCCCCCUUGCGAUGGACACGGAGGUGCUGAACACGGCCGUCCUCACCGGGAAGGCCGUCUCGGUUCCCGUCAAGGUCGUGGCCAUUCAGGAGGACGGCUCCGUGGUGGACGUGUCCGCGGCUGUGGAGUGCAGGUCUGCGGAUGAAGACGUCAUUAAGGUUUCCAACCACUGCGACUCCAUUUUCGUGAACGGGAAGGAGGUGAGGAGCAAAGUGGACACGACCGUGAACUUCACCCACCAGCACUUCACGUCUCAGCUGGAAGUGACCGUGUGGGCGCCCAGGCUCCCCCUGCAGAUUGAGAUCUCGGACACGGAGCUGAGCCAGAUCAAGGGAUGGAGGGUCCCCGUGGCCUCCAACAGAAGGCCCACCCGGGAGAGCGAGGACGAGGAGGACGAGGAGAAGAAGGGGCGAGGCUGUUCCCUGCAGUACCAGCAUGCCACGGUGCGUGUCCUCACGCAGUUUGUGGCCGAGGCGCCCGACUUGAGUCAGCUGAGCUACAUGCUGGGCCCCGACUGGCAGUUUGACAUCACCGACCUGGUGACGGAUUUCAUGAAGGUGGAGGAACCAAGGAUCGCACAGCUGCAGGGCGGCAGGACCCUGGUGGGCCGGGAGCCGGGGAUAACCACCGUGCAGGUCCUCUCCCCGCUCUCUGACUCCAUCCUGGCCGAGAAGACGGUGAUCGUCCUGGAUGACCGCGUCACCAUCGCCGACCUGGGCGUGCAGCUGGUGGCUGGCUUGUCUCUUGCCCUGAAGCCUCACAGAGCGGACAAAAGAGCCAUCGUCUCGAUGGUGGCUGCCCAGGACGUUCUCCGAGCCCCGCAGCAGGAAGCAAUAGUCAGUUCUUGGAUUUUGUUCAGUGAUGGUUCGGUGACACCAUUAGACAUUUAUGAUCCCAAGGAUUUUUCAGUUACUGUGUCAUCAUUGGAUGAAAUGGUGGUGUCUGUCCAGGCAAACCUUCAGUCCAAGUGGCCGGUUGUGGUUGCACAGGGUGAAGGGCAAGGUCCCUUGAUUAAAUUAGAGAUGAUGAUUAGCGAACCCUGUCAGAAGACCAAGAGGAAGAGUGUUCUUGCCGUGGGUAAAGGAAACGUCAAGGUCAAAUUUGAACCAAAUGUUGAUGAGCACCUAGGAGGCACCAACGAUAUCGAGGGCAUCAGUCGGGAAUACAAAGACCACUUCAGUAAUUCCAUACAGCGUGAAGGAAACCAGGAGAGAGCGGUUCAGGAGUGGUUCCAACAUGGCGCCUCUGUUGGCCAAGAGGAACGUAGCAACAAAAGCACAACUCCACAGUACCCCCUGGAAGGAAAGGAUAAGAAGUUGCUCAAGAGCGGUGGUCCAGACUCCUUCACAAGCUUCCCCACUCAAGGGAAGUUACCGGAACCCAAUAAUCCCAGUGACCUUACAGUGACCUCAAGGGGGUUAACUGACUUGGAGAUCGGCAUGUACGCUCUGCUCUGUGUCUUCUGCUUGGCCAUUUUGGUCUUCUUAAUCAACUGUGUGGCAUUUGCUUGGAAAUACAGACACAAAAGGUUCGCUGUGAGCGAACAAGGCAACAUCCCCCAUUCCCAUGACUGGGUCUGGCUUGGGAAUGAAGUAGAACUUCUGGAAAACCCCGUGGACAUCACCCUCCCGUCGGAGGAGUGCACAACCAUGAUAGACAGGGGGCUGCAGUUCGAGGAGAGGAACUUCCUUCUCAACGGCGGCUCCCAGAAGACUUUCCAUAGUCAACUACUCAGACCCUCUGACUAUGUCUAUGACAAAGACAUUAAAAGUGAGCCUAUAAACCCAUCGGGCCCAAAGAGGAAGAGAGUCAAGUUUACUUCCUACACCACCAUCCUCCCGGAGGACGGUGGCCCAUACACCAACUCCAUCCUGUUUGACAGUGAGGAUAACAUCAAGUGGGUCUGUCAGGACACCGGGCUGGGGGGCCCCCGGGACCUUAGAGACUAUAUGGAAAGGCUGCAAGACCAGAUGUGAACUCCUUUCUUACGUUUGUAUUCACCUUUAUGCCUUCUGUUUUUUGAACGGUGGAGCAGUGAGUUUGUUCAGCAAUAGGGGGUGAUUUAACAAAGGUUAACUUGUGGAGGUCUGGGAGGGAUCCCUUUCUGAGCAGGUGUCAGAGGCCCGGAGAGCUACAGCAGCUGGGUGAUAAGCCGGGAAAUGUCUCUAAAGCGGCCACACAUAGAUCCUGGAGAAGUUCUAAGACAACAGUAGUAUCUGCAGCCUGAUACUAGCUCAGUUCAAAUACAAUAAACCCGACCCCACAGACGUUGUUAGUCAUCUCGCGACAAACGGCCGUGUGGAUUUAGAAAAGGCUUGGGUGUUGAUUUUUCUAUUCCUAGAACUUUUAAAGCACAGUGGACACUCCUUGCCCUUGGCCCGAGAUUGGACGUACGCGAAAGAUGCCGAAUGUAGCCGCCCUUAUUUGUUAUGAGUGCUGCUCGUUAUUUUUAUAUACAUUUGCACCUGCACCUGGUUUCCUUUGGCCUCUGGAAUUCUUUUUGAAACAUGAAGAAAAGCAGUUGUGGUCUUCUCUCUGAGAUGUUUGAUUUACACAUGAGUUUGAGUCGCUGACGUUUGCCGCGUCCGUGCAGGACGUCAGGUGUCCUCCAGUUUUCCACACUCCUUACCUAAGGGGCCAUAUCUGAGAAACUUAUCCUCACAAUGUCCUUCCUUCUCUUUGUUGUGAAGCUUCCUUGUAUCAGGACUGGGGACAUGGGGUUUUACACAAAAUAUUAAUAUACUGUGAGGGAGGGCCAUCUCUUUACAGUUUUCUAUAUGAAGCUUAAAAACUUUGGUGAACACUUGUCAACCACAUUUAUUUUUUAUCUUCUGCCUGUGGAAGAUUCACGGGGAAUCCCUGGAGUGCAUUUCUGAGGGCUUUAGAAAAGACCCUGAAAUAGUUUGUCUUUAUACUGGUGCUUUCUGGUCAACGCAAUGUGUUAUCCAAAUGGAAAUCAAAAUCUUAAACUAAUAUACACAGAAAGGAAAUUGCAUGGGAAAUGCAUUCAGAUUAAACUUCCAUUUUACUGGAACAACCACCACAACAAUUUGAAAGUAGAGUGAUGUCUCCACUUAGCAAUAUGUAGAAAUCCUUCCAUACAAUGACCCCCAACCCUUACCCCCCCAAAACCCAUCAGUCGCGACUCUGGCAGAGAUAAAACCUAUACAGGGUGUGCUCUGAUGGAGAAAAGCAAUGGGUUUGCCCCCAAACAGCAUAAAAUAAACAGCCGUUCAAGAGUUUAAGCGGUUAUGCUGAAAAAACCAUAGCUAUUGGAAAGUCAAAGUGGCAAUAGGAAAAAAAAAAGCAUGGCCCCUGCAUAAUUUUUAAAUACAAAAAUAUUUUUCAAGGAAUUGCAUGAACGGCUUCAAGCAAAGAAAGAAUUUCAGGUUAGAUUAGAAUUUCUCACACUCACAAGAACAUUCUACUGAGAUGGGAUAGAGGUGAAGACGGACAGUGGACUAGGCCACCAAUUCCGAGCUUUCUGUUGCCACUUAGGUCCCUAGGAAAUAGAAAUUUAAAGUCCAGGGCAGCAAAGGCGCGGGGAAGCGGUUUCUUGACUCCUCGUGGCUGCUGAGCAAGCUGUUAGAAUGAGAGGCGUUCGGUUGUUGUUGGGAAGCGUUUCGUGCGUGGGGGCAGGACAGCCCAGCCUCCUCUGACCUGUGUCUCCCACCCACAGCACUGCGGUGGGUUUGUAAACCGUGCAUACGCUACCAGGGACGUGGACCUGAUAUUGAGACGCCAGUGUUCAGUUGAUCUUGUGUUUAAGUUGGGGGUUGAGGAGUGAAGCUGGUCAAGUUGCAAAAAAAUCUUUCAACUCGGUGGGUGAACGAAGCCAGGAGACCCAGGCGUUAGCUUCAGAGGGAGUUUGCAAAGAGAUGGCUGACGUCUGGCAGGAAGGGCACCUCAGGGAGCCCGGGGAGACUGUCACCAGGGGUUCGAGGCAGGGGAGGUGGCUCAGAGCUAGCUAGGGAGGCCGAAAGGAAGUUCACACGCUAAUGCAGCAUAGCUGUCUAAAUGAGCCCCACUCCUUCUGUAAGACGUUAAUUUUCUCUCCCUUUGGAUCUUCAGCAAAAUCCCCCAAAUAAUGGGGAUUUCAUGUCUGAAACGGAGGACAUUCAGCUGGUAUAGGGAGCCUCCCGCACAUUCUCACACAGCAGGCUGCCCCCACUGGUGCAGUGAGGCUCUGGCAGGGGGGUGAUCUGGAAAGGAAGGAGGACAUUACCAUUGCCAUGAUUAGCGUUACUGACAAGCUUGCAAAUCAGAGCAUUCCCUGGGGUCUGAGCGUUUGAUGUGGGCAGAGCGCAAACUCGGGGGCACUAGAACAUAGAACGCGUCAGAGGUUCUCAGGAGUCGGGAGCUGUCCGCGGUCCUGAAGAUGCCUCCCGUGGGUGAUCCAGGCUCUCUGCACAGUCUCCUUUGUCCGUUUCCGUUCAAAUUCAGUUCAACGUGAAAGUCGAAUGGAAGGUCAUGGAGGAGGGGUCCCUCUUACCACACAGCACACGCUCACACGCACGCACACAUACACACGUACAUGAGUGUGUUGGUAGUGAAGAGCCAGAGAGAACAGUGUGUAGCAGGAACCAGCACGGUCUGCGGUCCCCCGAUUUGCCACGGGCAUCAUUCCGCUAUCCGGGAUUUCAGUGAAGUUCUUUUUGUUCUAAAUAUCUCCCGCUGACCAGCAGCCGUGGAUUAUACCUGCCUGAUUUCCAAUAGAUCAUUUAAAAUGAAUAGGAACUAUGCCUCUACAUAUCUAAACUUAGAUGGGGAACAGACCUAAAUCAUGAAACCUUGAAAUACAGUUCCCUGGGGACCUGCAUGUGCCUGGAUUUUCCAGGUUUUUAUAGCUGACGUAUCCAACUGAUCGGUGUGAGUAGUAACCUGAACAGAACAGCAUUGAUAAAGUCCCUUCCUCUCCCCAAGAAGCGAAUGCUUAGACCUCCCUCCGACCCCCGAGGCGGACACGAGCAAGCCUUGGGACACAGGCUGGGAACUUCGCGGGUCACAGGGAGGGCGGCCCAGGCACCCUCGAGGACCGGGCCACCUAGAACGGGGGAGGGUGAGACCAGUGUUCCCGGCGGCCAGAUGUGCCGCUCUCCACGCCACACCCAGGGAUUGAGGAGCGGCUGCCGCAAGACAGAAGCACGGUGUGAGCACACGGGGUUGCAUCGGAGGGAAAGCCAGAAGACACGUCAAGUUUCCCUGAAGGGCGCCACCCAGCAAACCUCGGGACACUCUGCACGUGCCAGCAGAGGACUAACUGACUUCCUGUUUUGUGUUGCGCCCUGGCCAGGGUAAGCUCCCAGACUUAAACUCCAGGCAGAGCGUUUCUGUGUAUGAACGUUAAUGCAGGGAAAACAUGGGUUAAUUUCUGUACCAUUGCCACAUCUGUAGACAGGUACCUUGUACUUCGCUGAUUUUUAAGUUUUAGGAAGUCUGCCUUUGUGCAUUUUGUUGUUUGCACCCUCUUCUCAUCCUUUUAGAAAGGCGUCUUCCCAUGGUGGGGUGUUGGGACCAGCCAAGGCUCUGUCAGAGAACUAAGCAGUCCCCCUUCAACGACCACACAGAGUGGUUGCACCUGCUUCCUCCAUAUCACCAGGACCAUUGUGUUUUCUACUCGAAUCAUCUCACAAAUGGCUUCAAUCCUUCAUGCUCGUCUCUGUAAAUGACACGACAGAUGGUUUAUAAACUCAGUAGCCGUCUCCUCCGUCAACAGUAUACAUGUGUGAUGUACCGAGUAUCACCUGUUAUGUGAAGGAAGGGACGGGAUGGGUGGUGGAAAGGCUAUGCUAAGAUACGGAAAGCAGAUAUUUUUGUAUGUAACAGAGGCAGUUCCCUGGGGCGCUGAGAAGUGCGCAGGAAUAAAUACAUUUUAUAAUAAAAGCAUGCAAUGCUGUAGCUUUUAAAUGUACAGACAUCCCCGCUCAAAAAUAUCCGAACCGAUGGUGGGGAAAACACCGGGCCUAACCUCCCGCGGGGCGCUGGUUAGGACCGCUGCCUGGAGAGGGCAUGGCUCAUGGUGGCAUCAUGGGUGGAAUCUGCCAGAAGAUUUUGAUCUUACUCUUCAUUACUUCUGGAUUUUUUUUCCUCUUUUUUUUUUUUUUUUCCUGAAAAUACUUCAGAUAAAAGUGACUACAUUUUCCAGCAUAAAGGUAUAUUCUAACCACAGGGUAACUCAUCAUUUUUAACGUGAAAAUAAACGCUUAAACAUUC